GAGAGGGGCUAUCGGCGGAAGAAGUUUGCUGCCAUGGCUGGAGCUAUGGCCGGGAACAUAUACCGAACUGGACAAAUUGCUGUGACGGAGAUUCGAGAGACGUAUGCCCAGUCCAAAGCGCGGGGCCUGGACGGCGACUUCGACGGGCCCGGCAGCAUGCAUAUCCCGGGAGCAUUCCCAGGGGUGGCCAUCACGUCGGAAAGCAGCCCCGAGCAGAUGAUGAUGUUCCCGUGCUAUGCGAAACAACACACCAAGAAGGAGUAUAGCCAACCUUCGGCAUACGAGUCGGAAACCGGCAACCUGCAGGACGAGGACUACUGGCGGUCAGAGUGGGAGAGGCACCAGGACGAGAGAGCAAUCGUAGAUGUUGACGUCCGAGGCUGGGUCUAUUCGCCCCAUUCUGGCCCAAUGACACGGCGAAACCGCAUCUUGAUCGGCCUUGCGCGACAGCUCAGCGGGAUUCCCGUGCCGAGGGCAGACCAGGGCCAAGGAGCAACGCCCCCGACUGCCCCUGAUGAAUGGAGGGAGCAGGAGAAAAUUGCCCAGGAAGCUGCCAGGAUCGAGCAACGGGGCCAAGAAGAGAAGCGAAUAGCGAAUGUCGGUGCCUACAGCGAACCGCCUCGCGAGGAUACUGGCUUGGGUGGAACUGUGUAUCCUCCUCCUCCUCCGCCCAGGUCACUGCCUCCUCGGCGAGAUAGUCGAACGCCAGAUUCUCUCUCUGGGAGCCCCAGGCCUCCAACCAGGCAAAACUCGGCAGUGGCCAACGAGCUCACCGAGGCUGAAUUAGCUACGGCAAACGCCAACUUGAUGGCCAGGAUAGCACCCUUCUUGACCAAUCCCUCAGUGUCUCUCCCCAUCACAAUCUUUUUCUACAAUGAUUCGCAAUCGCAGUCACGCAACGUUCUCACUGACGAUUCUGGCCAUUUUGCCAUUCGGGCGCCCCUGGAAUUUGUUCCUACCCAUAUCAAGGUACUCGUCCACGAAGGGCUCUCGACGACGCAACCAGUAAAUUACAUUGAGCCAUGUGGCGUCAGCCUGAUCAGCGAUAUAGACGACACCGUUAAAAUGUCAAACAUCUCAGCGGGCGCAAAGGAGAUUUUCAGAAAUACCUUUAUACGGGAGCUGGCCGAUCUCACAAUCGACGGAGUCAAAGAAUGGUACGGCAAGAUGCAGGGCCUCGGUGUGAGCAUACACUAUUGCUCAAACAGCCCUUGGCAGCUAUUCCCCAUGCUCGCAACCUUCUUCAAGGUAUCUGGACUCCCCGUUGAGUCUCUACACUUGAAGCAGUAUUCAGGCAUGUUGCAAGGCAUCUUUGAGCCUGUGGCCGAGCGAAAGAAGAAUACACUGGUCCGCCUGCUGCGAGACUUUCCUCAGCGCAAAUUUCUCCUUGUCGGAGACAGCGGAGAGGCUGAUCUGGAGGUAUACACGGAGCUGGCGCUGGCUUAUCCGGGCCGGAUACUGGCAGUCUUUAUCCGAGACGUCACAACCCCUGAAGCUGCGGCAUACUUUGAGCCAUCUUUUGACAUGACUCGACGGACAAUGUCUGGUCUGACCUUGAACAGCAACGCUCCAAAUGGUAGACCAGCAGUGCGACAAAACUCAUCACCAGGGCCAGCACAUGCAGUCAAGGCUCCUCCUCCUCCAGCUGGGCCGGUCAUGGGCACUCUCAUCGACUUUUCCGCCGAGCCUGAAGAGGUAAACCUGGAUGAUGCCGCCGCCCUGGAACAAGUCAAGGCAUCCAGACCAGGCCCAUCAUCCAGCGCGUCCGCAGACUUGCUCGCUCGAAAACCACCGCCGCCCCGUCCAGCCAAACCCGCUGCACUGGCCAGCGCGCCCUCCAUACCCACCGUCAGAAAGGGAUCAGUAGGCUUGGGGAUUUCAGGGGCCGGCACCGGCUCUGAACCACCACCACCACUGCCGAGAAGGCCCGUAGGACAGAAUCAACCAGCAGCUCACCCUCUGUCUCAAAUCCAAAACUCCUCUCAGCAGACUGUGCAAUCAUCAAGAGACGAAAACAACAAGCCGCCACCUCCUCCCCCGCCACGCCGCAGCGCAAGAAACCUCAGCCCCAAGAUGAUUCCCUUUGGCCGUGGCCCGUCGUCCAACUCAGACGUCGACUUUGAUCCGCUCCCACCAUCCCUCGGACCCGCGCCAGUAGCCUCUACCACCGGCUUAUCGUCAUUCUACCGCCCCAGCAGCCGAUCCGGAAACACCUCGCCCUCGGCAUCGCCCACCAUGGCUCCCGUGAACAAGAAGCUCGAGCUUUGGAGGCGGCGACUCGCCAGGGCGCAGGACCAGCUCGACCAGCUGGGCGUGGCGCUGUAUACCUGGCGCAAGGGGCAAGAUGUCGAGGCUGAGGCAGUGGGUAUUAUAAAGCGGUAUUUGGCAGAUGUAGAUAAGGAGAAGACGAAGGCGAGGAGAUGACAGUUUGGAUUGGGGAAUAGAAGUGUGAAGUAUUAGAGAGACUGUUUUGUCUAUUUUGUCAGUGUUUUGAU